GUUUUCUGUUUACAAGUCUGAAGAUGGCUGCUGCUUCUUCCUGCAAUGUGGAAGAAGAUGAGAGCCUGAAGGGAUGUGAACUCUAUGUUCAGAAGCACAACAUCCAACAGAUUUUAAAAGAGUGCAUUGUAAACCUUUGCAUAGCAAAGCCAGACCGACCCAUGAAGUUCCUCAGAGAACACUUUGAAAAAUUAGAAAAGGAAGAAUGCAAACAAAUACUGGCUCAGCAGAAAUCCAGUUCCCAGUCUGAUUCUCAUGAUGAUGAGAUUUCCCCUCCUCCUCCCAACCCAGUGGUAAAAGCCCGACGCAGGAGAGGGGGAGUCAGUGCUGAAGUGUACACUGAGGAAGAUGCUGUUUCUUACGUCAGAAAGGUUAUUCCAAAGGACUAUAAAACUAUGACUGCUCUGGCAAAGGCCAUCUCCAAGAACGUGCUCUUUGCUCACCUUGAUGACAAUGAACGAAGUGACAUAUUUGAUGCCAUGUUCCCCGUCACACACAUCGCAGGAGAAACAGUCAUACAACAGGGUGAUGAAGGAGACAACUUCUAUGUGAUUGACCAAGGCGAGGUGGAUGUUUAUGUCAAUGGGGAGUGGGUCACCAGCAUCGGAGAAGGAGGCAGCUUCGGGGAACUGGCAUUGAUCUAUGGAACACCCCGGGCUGCCACCGUCAAGGCCAAGACAGAUCUCAAGCUCUGGGGCAUCGACAGAGACAGCUACAGACGCAUUUUAAUGGGCAGCACGCUGAGAAAGCGGAAGAUGUAUGAAGAAUUCCUGAGCAAGGUCUCCAUUUUGGAGUCUCUGGACAAAUGGGAGCGGCUGACAGUGGCUGAUGCACUGGAACCUGUCCAGUUUGAAGAUGGAGAAAAAAUUGUUGUGCAGGGAGAGCCUGGUGAUGACUUCUUCAUUAUUACAGAGGGCACAGCUUCUGUGCUGCAGCGCAGGUCUGACAACGAGGAGUACAUCGAAGUCGGAAGACUUGGUCCCUCAGAUUAUUUUGGUGAGAUAGCGUUACUGCUCAAUCGGCCCCGGGCUGCUACGGUGGUGGCACGCGGACCCCUGAAGUGCGUAAAGUUGGAUCGGCCCCGCUUCGAACGAGUGCUCGGUCCUUGUUCCGAAAUCCUCAAGAGAAACAUUCAGAGAUACAACAGUUUCAUUUCACUCACGGUCUAAAUGAUUCCUUUUGGAAAGCUGCCUUUGUGUGACCUUGUGCACUUAAAUUUGCUCUGUGCAGCUCCAUAGCUUUAUGAAGAAAAAAAUAAAAAGUGUGCAUUUUAUGUGUAUUUUUUCUGUUUAUGUCACGUAGUGGAUGUCAGUUCAAAUCUCAUGUAUCAUGUAAGUAGGAAGACAACUCUUUAGAUAAGACUAGCUUUGGGGAAGAUUAGGCCCUUGGCUUGCAGGCAAGAUUUUUACCUAUUGUUGGAUCAUAUAGCUUAAAACUGUGUUUUUAACUAUUUAAAAUACAUAUGAAUUUCUAUUUCCCUCAUUAUCUUUAAAGUUUGUCUUAUUCAUCUUUUGUCAAGCUUCUUUGCCCAAGCGAUGU